CAGCUUGGAAUAAAAUCAGCGGCCACUUGUUACCUUUCUGAGAUUGAGGCUAGAAGCAGGUCCCGCAAGCUCCAUAAACGAGUGGGAAACAACGAAAAAUUUAUUGCUAAGGAGCUGUUCAGCAUCAGACGUCCGCCUUCACUGUAUAGCAGAUAUGUUCAGUUGUCUAAUGACUGGAAUUAGGAUGGUUUUAAAAUUUUGGAACUUUGACAAGGGAAAUUUAAAAGUUCAAUGA